AAACCCCACAUAAUAGUGCCAAAGCUUACUGAGACUGACUCAGGCUCCUUAAAUGCUGCAGUUGGUGCAGUUGUGCAGCCUCCAUUACUGCAUCAACGUUUAGCCACGCAACCACCAUUUACAUUCUCAUCCAUCGUUACCUUUCAUCUCAUCUCAUCUCAUCAGACUAGUCUUCAACAACCAUUCCACACCGCACAUCAUCGUAUCGUAUCAUACCUCAACCUUCUUUCCAGAGGCAGAUGAACAGUACUCAGACCAAAUGCGUCGUCAAGCGCAAACCCAAAGAAACUGAUGAAACCUUCUCUUUUAUACAGUCCAAACAGACCAUGAAGAAGAACCUCUGCGACCGUCACAGACCAAAACGCUACCCUCUCCUGUCGUUUUGGGAGCUGCCGGACUACAUGAAGGACAACGAAUACAUUCUGCGUUAUUACAGGGCCAAUUGGCCCUUCAAACAAGCUCUCUUCAGCCUCUUUCGCUGGCACAACGAGACCAUAAAUGUUUGGACCCAUUUUAUUGGGUUUUUACUGUUUCUUGGGUUGACUCUCGCCAAUUUGAUGAAGCCUCGUGUGGUGGAUCUCUUGCAACUCCUAACCAGGUCUUUUUCUUCAAGUGCGGAAAAAAAUGUCUCUCAUAACAUCAAAGAUUUAUUUCUGGGAACAACGAUACUGUUUGAUUUAAAUAAUGAAAUGCCUUUGACAAUCGAACUUCAAUCGACAGCAUUGGUUAUAGCAAGGUGGCCAUUCUUUGUUUUCCUAGGUGGUUCAAUGUUCUGCCUCUUCUCUAGCAGCAUGUGCCACCUCUUCUGUUGCCACUCCCACAACUUGAACACGUUCCUGUGGCGACUGGACUAUGUGGGAAUAGUUGUGAUGAUCAUCACCUCCUUUUUCCCUCAAAUUUACUACGUUUUCCUCUGUGAGCCUCACUGGCAAAUCAUGUAUCUUGCUGGGAUCACAGCCAUGGGAGUGUUCACCAUCGCAACAAUGCUCUCUCCAACACUUUCCACCAGCAAAUACCGUUCAUUUCGUGCCAUGUUGUUCUGCUCAAUGGGACUUUUCGGCAUUGUGCCUGCAAUCCAUGCAUGUUUUGUGAAUUGGACCAAUCCCAGACGCAAUAUUACCUUAGCAUAUGAAAUUGCCAUGGCAUUAUCUUACUUGACAGGGACCUUAUUCUAUGUGACAAGAAUACCCGAAAGGUGGAAGCCAGGUUGGUUCGAUUUGGCAGGUCACAGCCACCAAAUUUUUCAUGCUCUUGUGGUGGUUGGAGCAUUGUCACAUUAUGCAGCCACUCUUCAAAUGCUGGAGUGGCGUGACUCUUUUGGGUGCGACACGCUUUCAUGAUUAUAUCUUCUUAAUCUUAAUCUUCAUCUUUCAUAACAGAUAGAUAUGCAGCAUUAUAUGGAUUCCCUGGUGUAUUAAUUGUAUAAGGGGCGCAAGCAUUUGUGUAGUGAUAAGGAGCAUUGUUUCAUUGUUAGGUUCAUUUCAAGUCUCUCAUUGUUACAACGAGUCCCCAAGAGACAGGGAUUUUAGAAAUUAUUCUUCAGAAUAUAUUUGAUUCGCUCCAUUUUCUUUUUUAA